UUUAGUAGAGGGGUUUCACCACGUUGGCCAGGCUCGUCUUGAACUCCUGACGUCUGAUGAUCCACCUGCCUUGGCCUACCAAAGUGCUUGGGAUUACAGGCAUGAGCCACUGUGCCUGGCGAUUGGGAGGCUUUUGCAGUAACCCAGAGCGCUCUGAUGAGGGCUGGACCUGGUUGGAAAUGAUGAGGAAGGUGAGAAGUGGUUAGGUCUGGCAUAUAUUUUGAAAGGAGAGUUUAAAUGGGUUGAAGGACGAGAGAGAGAAAAAUAAGUUUUAAGGAUGAUGUCAAGGAUUUUGGCCUGAGUAACUGGAAGAGGAGAGAUGCUGUUAUUGGGAUCGGGAAGACUAUGGGAGGAGUGGGUUAUAGCAGGGAUUAUUGAAAGUGUGUUUUGGGCAUGCUAAAUUUGGGGUCUAAAAAGAGAUGUCAAGAAGUGUUCGCUGGGCGUGGUGGCUCACGCCUGUAAUUCCAGCACUUUGGGAGGCUGAGGCGGGCAGAUCACCUGAGGUCAACAGUUCGAGACAAGCCUGACAGUUAUUAAAAUCGAUCAUUGAUGUUUACUAAUUAAUCGUAUUAUUACUCCUAAUACCGCAGAGGGUGUACACCUACCUGUGAUGUCGUUCCUAAUAUCCAGGGACAGAGAGCAUGAUUUUAGUUUUAAUAUUGCAGGUGUACAGUCACCCUGUGACACUGAUCCUAAUAUCCAGGGGGGUAGAGGAUGACAUGACUCCCAACAUAGCAAUGAACGGACAGCCACCCGGUGAUAUUGUUCUUAAUAUUAACGGAAGAAGCCUAUGCUGUGACUCCCAAUAUCUCAGGGUGGAUACAGCUCUUCUGUGAUAUGGUUCCUAGUAUCCGGAAGGGGAGAGAAUGAUAAUAAUUCCAGUAUCGCAGGCUGUGUUCCCCUGCCCUGUGAUAUUGUUAUUAAUAUCCUGGAAUGGAGAGGAUGAUAUGACUCCCCAUACAGCAGGAGGCGUCCACCUAGCCUGGGAUAUUGUUCCUAAUAUCCAUGGAGAGGAGAGACUGAUAUGACUCCCAAUAUGGUAGGGGGUGAACAUCCACCCUGUGAUAUUCUUAAUAUUCCAAGGCUGAGAGGUUGAUAUGACUCCCAGUAUCACAGACACUGUACACCCCCGUGUGAUACUCUUCCUCAUAUCCGGAAGGGGAGAAGAUGGUAUUAAUCCCCACAUCGCAGGAGGUGAACACCCACUCUGUGAUAUCUUUCCUAGUAUGCAGGGGGAGAGGGGAUACUAUUAUUCCAAUAUUGCAGAAGAUGUACAUGCUCCCCCCGUGAUAUUGUCCUUAAUAUUCCAAGGCACAGAAGACGAUGUUACUCCCAAUAUCGCAGAAAGUGUACACCCCCCAGUGAUGUUGUUCCCAUGAUCCAGGAGGGAAGAGGAUGAUACGACUUUCAACCCCUGCACCCUGCAAUGCUCUCACCCUGCAACACCGACACCGAGCUCAACCUGACAUAGGACCAGAGGCCAGCUGCGGGCCGUCCAGCGGCUGUGCUACUUCUACAGCGUCGUCAUGCCCAGCGAGGCCCAGUGUGUCCUCUACCAUGAGCUCCAGCUCUCCCUGGCCCGCAAGGACCUACAGAUCCACUCUGGACUACAGCAAACAAAGUCUGGGGAUUCUCAUUCACCUCCAGAAGAAAGAGGAGGCGCAUGCCUGUCUGCAAGCAGAGAAGAUCUACUACAUCCUGCGGCAGAGCGAGCUGGUGGACCUGUACAUCCAGGUGGCACAGAAUGUGGAUCUGUACACAGGCGGCUCCAACCUGGGGUGGAGCCGUUUGAGGCAGCUGGAGACAUCUUCUUCAAUGGGGCCUGGGAGCGGGAGAAUGCUGUGUCCUUCUACCAGUGACUACGGGCAACUGCAAGGGGAGCCACCGCUGUGCAACAAGCCGGUGGCACUGCUGGCCAUGCUGGAGGAGCCCCAGGAGGGCUUGGAAUUUGCCCACAUGGCCCUAUCUGUCAGCAUCACUCUGGGUAAGUCCCCUGAGAGCCCGCCCUGCCAGGACCCACACUUUGCCAGAGCCGAGCCUCCAUGUCUGCAGGGCAGGAGCUGAAACAGGAAGGCAGAUCUGCCCAGCUGGCUUCCCUGUCUGGCCGUGGGCACAGCCCGAGGUCUCUCAUGUACGGCAGAGUUCCCUGCCUGGCUGAGCUCUGCUUCCUCUGUCUCUUUCCGCUGCUGAUCACAAGGGCCGCCCAGUGUGUCCUCUGCCUUCCAGACAUGCCAGGCAUCACGGUCCCUGUAUGUGCCAGGCUGAGUGGCACAUUCCCUUUGUCUUGUGCCCUUUCCACCCUCAUCAACCACACAACUCUCUGGCUGAUGAAAUCACAGUUCCCCUUCCAGCAGCCUGCCCCUUAAGGCGGGGCAUACCCUGGUGCUGUGCCAGGUCGUCUCUCCUCCUCCAGAGACAGGGAACCCUGGGCAGGCCGCAUGCACCAGCGCCUUGUGCCCUGGGGCCCAGUACAGAGUAGGUGUGCAGCUGUGUGGGAAUGCAUUGAAUGCAGGCUCCACGGCACUCGCCCUGCAAAGGGGAGGACAUCAGAGACAGCCUAGCUGGGUUUGCGCAACUGUGGGGGGACCUGGAGCUCAGGCACGCAGUGACUCCCCAAGGUAAGGGGCUCUGAUCGUGACGCACCCAGGAGGAGUCGGAUGUCACGUCUGUGGGUUGCAUGGAGCCCGGGAGCACCUGGACUGCAUGGCUU